CCCGGCUCGACACAAAAGAUGGAUUCAUCAAAGGCCCCCGUCAAGCUCGCCAAAGUUAUCAAGGUCCUUGGAAGGACUGGCUCUCGUGGUGGUGUCACCCAAGUCCGAGUGGAGUUCAUGGACGACACUACCCGAACGAUUAUUCGAAACGUUAAGGGGCCAGUGCGGGAGAACGAUAUCCUCGCUCUGCUAGAGAGUGAACGUGAAGCUCGUCGUUUGCGCUAAAGUCUUUUUGGGCUUUUUUUCUUACGUUUUCUAUCCAUCGCACGAUUACCAUGUUGUAUCCAGCCGCAUGCUACUAUAAUGCAAAAACGACCUGUGUUCACAGUCCCCAA